AAAAAAAGUGAGGUUAGGGAAAAUUUUUGACUCCUAACCCUUGAAAUGAAAGUUAUAUGAUUUUUGUUUGAAAAUCUUGAUAUUUUGUCAUGGCUUAUCGACUAUUAACUAAUACUAGAAGAUGGGAAAAUCUCGUGUGGAAAACCUUCAAGCAGUGUAGCACGAAUAUACCUAGGACCAAUUCGACAUUAAUUAAAAAAGCAAUACUCAAAGAAUGGAGACUGUUUUGCGAGAAACCGCCUAAAGGUUUCGAAAAAUACUUUAAAGAAGGCAAAGCGGCACCCAAAGAUGCGAAACCUGGAGCCAAAGAAGCCAAAGAAAAAGACACUAAACCGCAGCCCAGGGAGCCACCUCCAGUGACUAGGCCUUCUUUAGGAAGCCCUGGUGAAAAGAAGCCUUACGAUCAAUGGUCCUUUGGGCUUUUCGGAGGCACUGGAACAAGGGGUAGUGGUGGUAAGCCUUUCGGUGACAAUGGCCAAAGUAAAUGGUACUUGAUGGGAGGAGUUGCUGCCUUGUGCUUCCUAGCCACAAUUACUAUGUGGGAAAUGGGUUAUAAGGAAAUUGCUUGGAAGGAUUUCGUUUACAAUUACUUAUCGAGAGGCGUAGUCGAAAAGUUAGAAGUCGUCAACAAAAAAUGGGUUAGAGUCAGAUUAACUCCUGGAACUACAGUAGAAGGCCAAGGAAAUGUUAUUUGGUUUAACAUCGGAAGCGUGGACUCAUUUGAAAGAAAUCUGGAAAAUGCGCAAGUGGAAAUGAGCAUUGAACCACAAAAUUUCGUGCCGGUCAUUUAUAGGACUGAAAUUGAGGCUGCUAGUCUUACAGGUAUUUUGCCUACAUUAUUGGUUAUCGGGUUCCUAUUUUGGAUGAUGAGGCGAUCGGCCGAAAUGAUGGGCGGACGUAGAGGCAAAAGAGGCGGAGGCUUAUUCGGAGGUGUCAUGGAAAGUACGGCUAAACUAAUAAAUUCCAACGAAAUUGGAGUGAAAUUUAGAGACGUUGCCGGUUGUGAAGAAGCCAAAAUCGAAAUUAUGGAGUUUGUUAAUUUCCUCAAAAAUCCUCAACAAUAUAUCGAACUCGGAGCUAAAAUUCCUAAAGGUGCAAUGUUAACGGGGCCUCCUGGAACAGGCAAAACGCUUUUGGCUAAAGCAACAGCGGGUGAGGCAAAUGUGCCUUUUAUUACUGUAUCUGGAUCGGAGUUUUUGGAAAUGUUUGUCGGAGUUGGACCUUCCAGAGUCAGGGAUUUGUUUUCCAUGGCCAGGAAGCAUGCGCCUUGCAUUUUGUUCAUAGACGAAAUUGAUGCUGUAGGUAGAAAAAGAGGGGGUCGCUCAUUCGGUGGCCACUCGGAACAAGAAAACACCCUAAACCAACUCUUAGUAGAAAUGGACGGUUUCAAUACAACCACAAACGUAGUAGUAUUAGCAGCAACCAAUAGAAUCGACAUUUUAGACAAAGCCCUACUAAGACCCGGCAGGUUUGAUAGGCAAAUUUUCGUACCCGCUCCCGACAUCAAAGGCAGAGCCAGCAUUUUUAAAGUGCACUUGGCCCACCUGAAAACCAAUUUGGACAAACUCGAUUUGGCUAGGAAAAUGGCUGCUUUAACACCAGGAUUUACUGGGGCAGAUAUCGCAAAUGUCUGCAACGAAGCAGCGCUUAUAGCGGCUAGAGAUUUGAACGAUCAAAUUAUUAUGAAGCAUUUCGAGCAAGCGAUUGAACGUGUUGUGGCCGGCAUGGAAAAAAAGACAAACGUUUUGUCGCCCGAAGAAAAGAAAACUGUGGCUUACCAUGAAGCCGGACACGCUGUUGCCGGUUGGUUUUUGGAGCAUGCCGAUCCUUUAUUGAAAGUCUCGAUUAUUCCACGUGGAAAAGGCCUCGGCUAUGCCCAAUACUUACCCAGAGAUCAAUAUUUGUACUCAAAAGAACAACUUUUCGAUAGAAUGUGCAUGACUUUAGGAGGCCGAGUAUCCGAGGAGCUUUUCUUCAACAGAAUAACCACCGGGGCUCAGGAUGAUUUGAAAAAAGUCACUCAAAGUGCUUAUGCACAGAUUGUCCACUAUGGUAUGAACGAAAAAGUAGGUAACGUCAGCUUCGAUAUGCCAAAAGACGGCGACAUGAUGAUUGAAAAACCUUAUUCCGAAGAAACUGCGCAAAUGAUUGAUGUCGAAGUUAGAAAACUAAUAGAAACAGCUCACGUUAGGACAAGGCAAUUGCUAACUGAACACAAAGAAAAAGUAGGCAGAGUGGCUGAACGUUUGCUGAAACAAGAAAUCAUUAGCCGAGACGAUAUGAUUGAACUUUUAGGCAAAAGACCUUUCCCGGAAAAGUCUACUUAUGAGGAGUUUGUCGAAGGUACUGGAUCGUUUGAGGAGGAUACUGCUUUGCCUGAAGGUUUGAAAGAUUGGAAUAAGGAAAAGACCGGACCGGGUCAGCCAACACAAACUUCAGAUACCAAAGUUCAGCUGUAAUUUUUUUUAUUUUAAUUAUUGUUGUAGUAGGCCAAGUUUUUGUAAAAAGUAUUUUGUUCGUAAAAGGAGGUGUGUUUUUAUUGGACGCUGUUGCGAUCGGUAGAAUUAUUAUAAGUUACGUUAAAGAAAAAAAGUGAAUUUAUUUGUUUUUAACUGAUUA